UUUUGAAUAAACCCAUUUUGAAAGCUAAUUUCAUUGAAAAAGAAUUACUUCUAAAAGGUUAUCGCAGCUUUGCUUCGCAUCCAACUAAGUUUUGUCAGGUUGGGUUCAGAUAGGUAGGCUAAUACUUGCCUUAUAUAAGUACAUAUACAAAUUGUUCUUUUAUUUAGACAUCCUUCUCAUUGACUUAAUUUAAGCGUUUUGCUAAUGGGUCGUAGUAAUGCAACUCGCGGAGGCACCCGUGGUGGUCAAGGUGAAUUUCAGUGGGAUCAGGUAAAAAGCGAUAAACAAAAAGGAAAUUAUUUGGGGCAAUCAAUCUAUGCUGCAAGUGGUCGAUGGGCGCAAGGACGCGACCUAGAGUGGUGGUCAAAAGGCAGAACCACUCAAGCAGAGCCCAAUUCGAAUAACGAAGAGGCUUACAAAAAAGAGAUUUUAGAAGUUAAAUAUAAAGAGCAAGUUAUGCUAGCUGAAACGCUGGGCCUUCCUCCUCCGCCUCCCCUAGAAGUUGAAAAUAACUCUCAAAAUACCCUGACAACAAAAGAAAUCAAAGAGCAGCUUCCUACUCCUCAUCAUCGCCGAAAAUCCGGUAGACGAGAAGAUUAUCCGCCCAGGAGACAUAGAUCUCAAUCUCCUUCCCACGGUAUUCGAUAUCAUCGGCGAGAAAGACUUAAAGGAGAUGAUUAUCAUCACGGUCGACAUAGAGAUCGUAGACCCCGACGUUAUUCUCCACCUUCCGAUCUUCCUAAUAAAGAAGAAAUAUUUGCUCCAUAUAGACACUCCCCCCAUCAUCGCCGACAUGUAGAUGAUUUACCUGAACGGGAUUAUGAAAAGGCUUACAAUGAUCGUUCAUCUCCCCCUCCUAGACGUAGGAAAUAUUAAAAUGGAAGUAUAUAAAUAUAUAUAUAUACAUCUCUCUGAGUUUUGGUGAAAAAUCUUAUACUAGUACUUCCAUUCUUGUAAUUUAUUUAUUAUAGACAUAAACAGGCAUCAUUUAUCUAUUUACUUAAUACUUUUCUGACA